AAUAAAUAUCCGUGUAGAAAAUCAGAACGACUCUUUCAGGCCAUCUUUAAAAUGUCAUUGGUAAACCAUACUUGAUCCUAAAUUCCUGUACUUCCUCAGGCCAUCUAAGCAUGAAACGCUGUCACCUACCCACAUCCUCUGGCUGUGACGCUUGUCAAAGUGUUCCCUAUCGGCUGCAUGCCUAGACCACCAAAGGGUUCUGUCCGGACAGUGUCACUGGCGAAGGCGGCGCGACAUGUCCAGGGCGCAGAUCUGGGCUCUGGUGUCUGGUGUCGGAGGGUUUGGAGCUCUCGUUGCUGCUACCACGUCCAAUGAGUGGAAAGUGACCACGCGAGCCUCCUCGGUGAUAACAGCCACUUGGGUUUACCAGGGUCUAUGGAUGAACUGCGCAGGUAACGCGUUGGGUUCUUUCCAUUGCCGACCGCAUUUUACUAUCUUCAAAGUAGCAGGUUAUAUCCAGGCAUGUAGAGGACUUAUGAUCGCUGCUGUCAGCCUGGGCUUCUUUGGUUCCAUAUUUGCGCUCUUUGGAAUGAAGUGUACCAAAGUCGGAGGCUCCGAUAAAGCCAAAGCUAAAAUUGCUUGUUUGGCUGGGAUUGUCUUCAUACUGUCAGGGCUGUGCUCAAUGACCGGCUGUUCCCUAUAUGCAAACAAAAUCACAACGGAAUUCUUUGAUCCUCUCUUUAUUGAGCAAAAGUAUGAAUUAGGAGCCGCUCUGUUUAUUGGAUGGGCAGGAGCCUCACUGUGCAUAAUUGGUGGUGUCAUAUUUUGCUUUUCAAUAUCUGACAACAACAAAACACCCAGAUACGCAUACAACGGGGCCACAUCUGUCAUGUCUUCUCGGACAAAGUAUCAUGAUGGAGAAGAUUUUAAAACAACAAACCCUUCAAAACAGUUUGAUAAAAAUGCUUAUGUCUAAAAGAGCUCACUGGCAAGCUGCAUCUUGAGUUUAUUAUAAAAGCGAACUGUUCACAAAAUGAUCCCAUCAAGGCCCUCCCAUAAUUAACACUCAAAACUAUUUUUAAAAUAUGCAUUUGAAGCAUUUGUUGAUUGUAAUGGAUGUAAGUGUUCUUACACAGUUAUAUACUAAUCAUUUUCUGUUGUGGCUUUCUAUAAAAAAUAAACAGGUUAUUUACAGGA